AUGGCACACAACAGAUAUGUACGUUAUGAUGGUAAUAAUAACAUUGAAGAUGGUAAAGGCAUAAUUUUGUACAAUGAACAGGCUGCUUCGUUUCCACUUGUGCAACAACUAUGGCAUACUUCUCAACCUUUUAUCCCUUAUCAUUGUACUCCACCACCACUAAAAUAUUCUCCUUUUCCACCGCAUUUAAUCUACCGUUCAAAUGGGAUAGUAAAUCAGUCUCAAAAUCAUAAAAGUGUAAAGCUGAGAAGGCAAGGCAAUAUUCAUUUUUGGUGUGGGGGGAUAGCUCAACUACUGUGGACAGUUAUUGCUAUUGUGAUAUUGGGUUUGUUUGCAAUUUUAAUUCUUGCUUUGAUUGCUGUAUGA